ACCACCACCCACAUCACCAGCACCAGCACCAUCCCCCGAGGUGUGUCUGCUGCCGCUGGAGCUGCAGACAGACAGACAGACAGACAGACAGAGCGCCGGUGCACCGACUGAAAACGACUCCCUGUCUUUGUUCACACGGAACAUGGCGUCAAAAUGUCCAAAAUGCGACAAGACGGUGUAUUUCGCGGAGAAGGUGUCGUCUUUGGGGAAAGACUGGCACAAGUUCUGUCUGAAAUGUGAGCGCUGCAACAAGACGUUGAAUCCAGGAGGCCACGCUGAGCACGACGGGACGCCUUACUGUCACAAGCCCUGCUACGCCGCCCUCUUUGGACCCAAAGGCGUGAACAUCGGCGGAGCCGGCUCCUACGUGUACGACGCUCCCGUCAACGAAGCCCCUGCCGCCGUUUCCAUGGAAACAGAUGCCAAACCAGAGGGGGAGAAAAAAGCCCCCGCACGGGGACCAGUGAAGGCUGCAAGCUUCUCAUCUUUCUCCGGAGGACCCAACAUCUGCCCCAGGUGCAACAAGACGGUUUAUUUCGCUGAGAAGGUGUCUUCUCUGGGGAAGAACUGGCACCGGCCCUGUCUGCGCUGUGAGAGAUGCAGUAAGACUCUGGCGGCCGGCAGCCACGCAGAGCAUGAUGGACAGCCGUACUGCCACAAGCCGUGCUACGCUGUGCUGUUCGGGCCCAAAGGUGUGAACACUGGAGGUGUCGGCAGCUACAUCUACGACGAGCCUGAAGCUGAGGCUCAGCCCUGAGACCCUCCAGGACCCUCGGUGUCUCUUUGCCUUCUGCGGUCAUGGGGACGGAUAUGUACACACCACAGGGAUGGAUCUUUAGAUGUUUCUGUUGUAUUUGUAUAUUGUUUAUAUAUCUAUUUUUUGUACCGAUACAAACCUUUAACACCAAAUCCUCCCAUGUGAGUUUCAGAGCCGCCUUUCAGUUUCUUGGUUCUCUUUGCCAAAUACUUAUUAUGUAGUGGAUUAAAGCGCCCGUGUCACUGACGAUUAAUAGUUUUUCAGACUUUUGUGCACUUGCAAGAUGUACUGUAUUAAAACGUACCAUUGAGUGUUUGUAGGGACGAGCUGUGCACACGCACAGACGUGCAUUUUACUGAAUGUUAUGAUGGUGAGUUUGAGGUCUGUUGGGAACAAAAAAGUGUUCAACUGUGCAUCACAUUUUCUACAGUAAAACGAUGUGAUACCAAACCUGUGGUCAGUGUCUGU